CACCCGUUCCCUUCCUACAGCAGCAACGAACAACUCUUGCCUCCUACCACAACCAUCAGUAUUAUUGUGGCAGCGUCAUGACGACAAUGGCGCACAUGCGAUACUUCUAUCACACUGACGAUGAUUUCAUCCCUCUCAAGAUCGACAACGACGGCGACAAGUCCUGUUAUAAGUGUCGUCGGGCUUUUUGGAAGGGAGAGACGAUCGAAAUUAUCCCGCCUAACACCGUCAAAAACAAAUCGGGGGGUGACAACUACGCCUGGAUUGGGAGGAGGUGUCGCUACAGCUGCGACGGGGGAGCACGGGGCGCGAGAGACAGGGCCACCCCCAGGGGGAGUGAAACACAUGAUGAUGUUUCGCGACACAGCAGCACUACUAGGCCCUGGUUUCUGGCGAGGGUUAUCGCGUCGAUCAGGAGCUGUGUUUCCCUGUGAGCCGAAGCAAGGGGGCAUUGUUUUGGCGCUGGACGUGUGGCGUUCACCUUUCGCUAGCUGUGAUUGAUGUGGACAGAUUGUGGAAGCAGCAAGAUGAAGUGCAAGACGGGGGGGGGGGUUGGGGGUGGACCGACAACAUGGCUAGAACAGAGGCAGGGGAUCGAACAAGCCCUUGUGAGAUAGUUUUCGCGCGCUCCAACUCGUUGGCAAGGAAUAUAGUCUAUAUAUGCCUGUGCUUGGAAAUGUAUACUUCA